AUGCGACUCCUACAGUGCAGGCUUGGAAAAGCCCAACCUCCAUUCAUACUCGUCUUGUUGCUGGUGCUAGCAAUUACUGCUCGUGUAUCUGCAGUGCCAGCGGACGCUGCUGCUACGACCGAUGCUACGACCGAUGCCGCCCAGACCACCGACGAUCCCUCCACCACUGACAGCACCCCUAGCGUGACCACGACUUCGACCUCCGACUCCUCCUCUUCUUCCUCGACGUCAACAUCCGAGUCCACAACUAGUACGACGUCUUCGACAUCCAUAACCUCUACAACUAUGGAUUCCACAACGACGACCUCAUCGUCGACGUCGUCGUCCUCUUCUUCUACCUCCAGUGACAGCACCCCAACAACGACAUCAGCAUCCUCAUCCUCUACCUCGACAGCCGCCCCGAUCGUCACCGUACCCCCUACCGCAAAUGCGCCGUACAUGCAGACGACGAAUACACCCGAAGGCACGGUCUUCAUCGCCGUCGGCGCGAUACUAGGAUUGAUCGGGUUGGCUGUUUUGGCGUGGCGCGGCAUGGUCGCAUGGUCUGUGAACCGCUCAGUGCGGCGCGCAGCCCUAGCGCAAACCUCCGAUAAAAAGCGACUGUCGCGCCGUGGCGGCGGCAGGAAGCGUUCGCACGGCGUUCGUUCGGCGCCCGCCAACGACGUAUCGCUCGAUAAACUCGGCGCCGCGACUCGCGCCAGCUACAAGCCUGCGAAGCGGGUUCCCAGCUCGAACAGUGGCUUGUUCUUUUCGCCAACUGCCGGUGGCGCUGGGUCGCAUCACAGUCUAAACAACGCUGGCAACCGCGGCUCGAGUUACCUGCCCGCUGGGUACUAUGCUACUGCAGGCACUUCGACGCCAGUGAGGGAAGCGAGCGGGUCGCAGCCCAACUUAUUCUCCCCUACUGCCGGUCUCUCCUCGCCUACGGCAUUCCCCUCAGGCUCCCCAUCUCUGCCAGCUGUCGGUAGCUACCAUGACGCGCCGCAUCCACGCCAUUCGCAUGUGGGGGCUUCCACCAGCUCGCUGAAUCUCAGCCAAGCGCCGCAGGGUCGUGCGCCGAGCGCUUAUCUAGAGGAUCUAUUUGAGAGUCAUACAUCCCCCGGUCAUUCUGACUCCGGUCGGCGAUAA